AUGCCUGCGUUUCCGUUUGUGUCCAUCGACGCCGACGAUGACUCGGUCGAUUUCGCCCGCUUCAAGUCAGGCGCCACCAAGAGCAACGGCACUGCAUCCAAGCCGACCACCCGCACACUGAUCCUGGCUCCACCGGCUAUUGCCGCCCACGAGGAGAAGCUGCAUGCCCUCUUCGCCUCCGACUAUGACCGCGCUGCUUGUGACUUGCAGAUGCUCGACCGCCUCGCCGCCGGCUUUGUGCCCCUGGUUGCCAACACCUACGAUACCGUGCUCGUCCUGACCGAUGCCGACGGUGCCCAGCGUGCCGAGGCCGUGCGCCUACUCAGCAGCCGGCCUGUAUUUGCGGCGCUCGUGCCCGCAAUGAAGAACAAUGCCCGUCUGCAGUUCCAGGACGGUGCGCGGCUGGAGGGGGCCGGUGCGCGCGAAGCCAUCUUGGCUGGCCUGGUCGAGAAGGACGGCGUGUUUGAAAAGGUGGAGGAGGAAGAGGUCGUUGUCCCCCUGCGGCUGAAGAAGAAGACCCCUGCGGCCGCCGCGGCACCUGUCGCAGCCGCUCCUGCGAUCGUCAACGCCCAGGGCAAGCGGCCCGCUGUCACCCUGGAUCUUGGCGAGUACAGCGACGGCGAGGAGCUGGUCGACGAGGACAGCCUGUUGACGGCCGAAGAGCGCAGCCGGCCCCCUCAACAGCCACCCGCAUGUAACAUUGAUGGCCAGAAGCGCCGAAAGCCCUGCAAGGAUUGCACGUGCGGCCUCGCCGAGCGCCUUGAAGGGGAAGACCGUGACCGCCGCACCCAGGCCGACAGCGACCUCAAGAACGUCUUCAAGCUCAACGCCAACGACCUCAACGAGCUCGACUUUACCGUCCAGGGCAAGACCGGCUCUUGCAACAGCUGCUCGCUCGGCGACGCCUUCCGCUGCUCCACCUGCCCCUACAUUGGCCUACCGGCCUUCAAGCCCGGCGAGGAGGUCAAGAUUCUGAGCGGGCUGGUGCAGCUGUAG